UCCUUCUGGAUGUUUUCUCUUUCAGUGAAACAUGUCUUCGGAUAAAGUGCCUGUUGUCACAAGAAGCUCCCACAGAAACCUAAAGGACAGGAUGAAUGGGGUUUCUGUUAAAUUGGAGAGUCUGCCAAGCAGUUGGUACAGAGAGAUGAAGAAAAUAAGUCACACGGGAAGUGCCAGGAAGAAUCAGGACAUGUUGCUGCAGGAGCCAGAAAAAGAUUCUGGUUUUUCAGACACUAGCUCAGACUACCUGAGUACACUGGAACAGACCGACUCAGAGGAUCCGCCUUUGCAAAAGAGGCCGGCUGUAUCAAACCACAUGGAGAGAACCACAGCUGUACAGAGCUCACUUCCCAGCCUGACUCCUGUUUACAUUGUGAAGAAUGUUCUUCUGAAAGAGCCUCUAUCCGUUCCAACAAGGAGUCAGCUUGUCCAAGCCCAGCUACAGACCUGGGGAAGCCAGCACUCCCUUGGGACAUCAGCAGGCCAGACCCGAGUGGUCUUCAUUGGACAGCCUUUGGCAGCUUCUUUGAAAUCACAGAAAACUGAGGCAAAGGCUGGGACAGGGAAAGAUACCUACCUUCCGAUUUUAAGUUCCUACCCAAGGAUAGCGCCUCAUCCAGACAAAAGCCGGGAUGACAGCAGCAGCCAGGGUCAGGAAGGGAACCGUGUGGCCCAGGACGACAGGACUGCCGAUCACAGCAAGAGCAAACGGUUAUGCCUGGAUGAGCCGGGGGUGCCCCCGCAGGAAUAUCACCGAAACAAACAAACCUGGCACAUCACACCAGUGGGCCACAGCCAGCAAGCUGAGAAUGCACAGCAGACACCCUCUUUUGGGCCAGCGCACCUCUACAGUCAGUUUGAUGUCUCUGUCUCCCCAUCACCAUUACUUUCUCCGAAUCCUGUUCUUCAGUCUGAAUCCUCUGACUCUUUGCACUCAUCGUCGUCGUCAUCCUCCCCUGCCUCCACAUUUUCCCGUGCUCUCAGCACCCAGUCACCCUGUGGUGACACUGCUAAACUGGCUGACCGAGCCCCCAGGCGACCAGACCCCAGUUCCACCAAGGAACGGCGCUUCCGCAAUACGGUGGAGAUCCUGAGUAGGUCAGGGCUGCUGGAGAUUACGCUGAAAACCAAGGACCUCAUCCGGCAGAACAACGGCACCCAGCAGCAGAUUGAUGAACUGAAGGAGCACGUUCGGCUCUUCUGCAGCGCUGCCCAGAGCCAGGACCCCCGGGCACUGCUGAGGCUCCAGGAGACAAUGAAAUGCUCUGGGAGUUACGGAUCAGUGACCAGUGCUCCCCCUUCCUGCUUCGCCACAAAUCAGCCACUUCAAGCCACCACUGAGCUCGCACCACUACUUUAGCCAGGAAUCUUUAAACUAAAGGCCUUGUUCCCUGUACUAACACGAGUCAGAAAGUGGAGUUCAGCUCUCAUCUCAGCAAAAGAUGUAACAGUUUCAAGGGGCUAUACUUUUAAUUCUUUCAUGCUAUGUGGGUGCUGUUGGUAAGACCAUCAUUUGUUGCCUGUCCCUAAUUGAUCCUGAACUGAGUGACUUGCUCUACCAUUUCUGAGCAGUUAAGAAUUAACUACAAUCGCUGUGGAUCUGGAGUCCUGUGUAGGCCAGACUGGGUAAACACAGCAGCUUUUGUUCCCUAAAGGACAUUAAUGAACCAGAUUAUUAUGACCGCCAUCUCACGGUCUCCAUUACUGGGACUAACUUGUUUUCGUUUCACCAGCUGCCCUGGUGGGACUUGAACUGAUGUUCCCCAGUGCUUUAACAUGGGUGUUUUCGAUAACUACUGUUCCAUUGCCACUACAUCACCAUGCAUACACAUCGAAGGACCAUAUAACUGCCUCUCACAAAAUAUGCCAUACAUGUUUAGAUGUGAAUAUCACAGAUUCCAAAUUUUUAAAACAAAAUUCACCUUUUACAGUUUUUUCACUCUUUUUGCGAAGAGACAAUUUGGACUGGGCAGAAAUUUUUUUUUUGUUCUUUAUUCAUUCACGGGACGAGGGCAUCGCUGGCUAGGCAGCAUUUAUUGCCCAUCCCUAAUUGCCCAGAGGGCAGUUAAGAGUCAACCACAUUGCUGUGGGUCUGGAGUCACAUGUAGGCCAGACCAGGUAAGGAGGCAGUUUCCUUCCCUAAAGGGCAUUAGUGAACCAGGUGGUUUUUUCCUGACAAUCGACAAUAGAUUCACGGUCAUCAUUAGAUUGUUAAUUCCAGAUAUUUUUGCUGUAACUACUGGCUUACCUGAAGAGCUAUUGUUUUGAAUGGUACCCUGGUGGUUCAGUGCAGUUUGCUGGGAGAGACACCCGAGUAACCUGCAAUUCUAGUUUUUGUUGGCUCCAAUUCGGAGCGGCAGCGCUGUGCUCAACACACACAGACCCCACACGCCCCACGGGCGUGUUGUGGCUCAGCAAUCUGAACAUUCAGCUUCAGGUACUCCAGUACACGUGUUGUCCAUGUUGACACUGCCAGUGCAGUGUUGAAGUAUAGUCACAAUGCCAGCUAGGCUGUCUGUUGAGCGAGACCCCACUUGCCACUUUGCACAGAUGGGAAAGGUCCCUGACCCCGAAUGGAAGGGCAAGGGGAAGGGGAGUUCUCUCUGCACCACUGCACUAAAACCCUGGUUGACUGACUGAUCUCGCUGCACUUUGUGUUCACAAUAUGAUUGUAAUGCCUUGUUGUAAUAAACCACUGAAAGUCAUUAAAUGGACAGGGACAUUUUCUGACCAAGGUAAUAAACUGCUGUGUUAAAUAUGA